GAACACCAACAUGUCAACCUCCGAGGAUGGGGAAUCAACGGCUAAAGAUCCCAGCAUCGCUACCAUUUCCGAAAAGUUCGAACUACUGAAAGUGAAGUUCCUUGCCAUACUAGAGGAUCGGUUUUUCGGAAACCUCAAACAUGACUGGCGCAAAGAAGGUUGUACCAGUGAUCAGCGAGAUGAUUCGAUUCCCUCGUACCACAGUCUGAGCGAAGAAAGCGGCAGCUAUCUGAUGCUAGAUGGUAAGAAAGUUUCAUUCGAGUGGUUCCGACUGGCGCUGGCAGGAGUUUCCCAGCCGGAACCCGAACCAACAUCGGUGCUCGUUGUUCCGAGUGUUGCAGAAGUACCAGAUCUUACCUACGACAAUCCGUAUGCCGUCGGAACUCCAGCAGAGAUGGCAGCCUUGACUCAAGCAAAGGAUCGAUUCCACACUCACAGAACGAGAGGUAGGGAAGGGAUGCGCAAACGGUUGCUGGUGGAGGAUGUUCCCUUCGAUAAGGAGACUUUAGGUGUGAAACAUAAGCAUCCGUCGAUGUUGGCAACCCAGUUGGAUGCUCAUUAUUGGAGUGAAACCACUUACCGGCCAAGGAUUCGUAAUUUUAUGAGAGUUGAUGCGAUUCAUAAGCUUCGCGAUGAUUCCAGGAGACAGUUCGAGACGUGCUAUCGGAAGGAGUAUUUGUUCGAGAAAACCGAAGUGGAGAAGGCUGAAAAACAGUACCAUAAGGACCUUCACGAGCGUUCCGCGGAAUUGCUACAAGCAAUACGGGUGAUCCGUCAGCAACGGUUUAGCUCUUCGAUGCGAGUGCUGGAUAAGGUUAAACCAUGCUACGAGGAAACCGUUCGGCUGGAAGCGAAGUAUCGUGACUGCCAGCGUCAGAUGGUCGGUUUAUGGAAUCAAGUUAUACGACUAGAAAGUAUAUGGUUUAGGCGGUUGAAGUAUCAAAAUUUUCUGUAUUUGAUAAUGCCAAAGCAGUGGCGAGAGGAGCAUGAUUGGAUUCAUAAGAACGAGGAGGGAAAGCUAGAAGGAUAUCCGGAAUCAAUAUCGAAGCGAGAUGUUGUCAAUCUUCGUAAUCUAGAUGGCACCAACGAUAUCUGGGCGGUUAAAGAAUUUUUUGAAAAGGAGUAUCUCGAAAAAGAUAAACCGUUGCAUCCUGCCUUCGAGGAUAGUGCGAGUUUAAUGGAAGGAGUAGCGGAAUUGGAUGUCAAUUCAAUGACUCUGCUGAGUAGAUUGAAUUUGCUCAGCUGGGUGAAAGUGGGUGCGGAAAAAGAAGCCCACAAAGUGAACGUGUUCUAUGAGAAAACAAUCCAAAACCUGAGAUAUUCGAUUGAAGACUUAGUGCAGAGAACGGAUAGGUGCGAGGAACGUUCAAAACGUUUAAAACAUAUGUUCAACGAUCUUGCACAGGAACCGCUGAGAGCUUGUGUAGAGAAUGAACAAACCAGAUCGAUUGAAACGCUUCUGUACGUUCUUUAUAAACAGUUACUGCCCCCGGAUCAACGCGAGAAUGCCCUUCGGUUUUCCGGCACGGAAAGCUUCAUGUACAUAUUCGAUGUAUUCACCCAGAUGCUAGCGGAUUUUGAUAAGAUACCACCAAAGCUACUGCACUCUGUGGAAAAGAAGGUUCGAUUUCAGCGCAAACAGAAGCUGCGUGCGGCUCAACGUGCUGCUGAACUGGAUCAUAGGCACAAUCUGGUGGCGAUCCAGCUACAGCGCAGCCUGGCGCCACCGUAUGUGCGACCUCCGCGAACUGGAAAGUUGCCGAGGUCUCGUCUCAAAAAGAAACCCGUACCGGUAGUGGUAGUACCUCCGGUUGUAACGAAACUAGACAAAAUAUUCUGCACGGCAUUCGGUGAGAAUGUCACCAUGACCAGCGCGGAGCGAAGGAACCUGGAGAUGGAUAUGACCUUCCGGAAUUACUGUGCGAUACAGUACGACCACUUUUUACGCACACUGGGCUACGAACCGGAGUACGAUUUCGAAACUGAAGUUCAGCUGCGUGAUGGUCCCGAGAUUGACAGGUUCAAACGGAUUGAGCUAGUACCGAAGGUUAUGCAACGGAUGGCAAAGUGGGAUGCAUUGCAGGAGACACUGAAGCAAAGGCUACUUGCACGAAUCUCCGAAACUGAUACUUGAUGCUCAUAUGUCUUAUUUCUUAUUUGUACAAUAAAUUC